AUUGGAAAAUCUUUUUGGACCCUGGCAACCUCAAUCUUAUUUCCAUUCUAAAUUAUUACCGGAAGAAAGAAGAUUUUAUAUUUGACAAGAAGAUCAAGUACAAAGCAAUAACGACAUUUGUAUCUAUUGUUGCUACUACUGAAACAAAUGAAUGGAAAAAGGCCGCUGCUUAUUUAAAGUCUACAUUGAAGGCUAGUUAUGGAGUAUCGCCCUCCGGUGGGCUCCAAGAAGUAUCGUCCUUCAUUCAUACAUUGAAGGAAGACGUGAAAUAUUUUUUGGCAGAAGUCAAAUCCAAAAUAAUUGAGACAGAAACACAGGUUCAAUUUAAUACUAAACAGUCAUUUAUAAAUAAUAAGGCACAAGCAGUACUUGGCAAGGCGAAAUUGAAUCAUUUGUUGUCAUCUCUUAAUGCUACUCUGAAACCGGCUAGAAAAAGGAAACCAAUAAGUUAUACUGAAAGCUCGGAGGAAGAAGAUCAUUCAUCGGAUCUGGACUACAUAGAGAAAUCCAAAAGAAUGGACAAGCGUAGUGCUCAUAUGCAAAGAAGUUUUAUCUUUGCAUUUGGCAAUGACUACAGUAAUCCGAUAGGGAUUGGGAAACUCAGUAAAUUCAAGAAUUAUAGAACCGGUGUUAUCGUAUCUAUAACUGACGAAGGUACAAAAGAAUUGACAAUGCUAAUGGUGGCUGGCUGUUUUGGAUCUGGAAUCGAACAGUUAAUGCUAGUUGGACACAAAAACAUUAAUGGAGAGAGUGAUGCCAUUAAGGAUGGUUGGUUGUUAUGGACUUGGAUCUGGCUAAUUGAUUGCCUGGAUUUUUCGCAAAAGUUUG